CACCACGAAAAAGUAAGAAGUCAGUCAGUUAUGCAAGCUCCGGCAGUGUGCAUUAACUGCGAUGUCGGUGCGCUCGUUCUACUUCGUACUCGCGUGCGCCGCCUGCGCCCACUGUGACGACCAAAACACAGAAGAUAUAAUACUAAAUAAAGACAUAAAACCGGCGAGUCUUUACGCAGCAAAUAGCACGAUAAAUACUGAUGGUGAAGAAAAUACUCUAGCUACAAAAAAAGAAGCUGUGGGGACAAAUGGAGAUAUUAUAUACGAUCUCAGUGAUGAAGAAUACUACGCCAUGCCGCGUCUUUUUGACCUUGAGGAGUUCCCAGGAUGUCUUGCAACACGCGGAGUUUACUGCCUCGGCAGCUUUGAGCUCACCGCCACCACCGAUCAUCCUCUAUUUCGGACCAUGAAGCAAUACUCAGCUAAUUGGGUGGACAACUUUAACCAUACUCGCCUUCACCGCGGUGUUUGUCUGCCGCGAUCAUGUCAACAACAUCAGACUUCUUCCUUGGAGAUGUGGUUCGAGACUUGUAUAAAUGCAAGCACCACAUCUUCCUACAACCUAUCGGCUAGGUUGUAUAAAUUGGAGUACUGCACUAGAGGAACUGAAUAUACACCUCUAAGUGGGAAUGAACAGGCGUUCGCUGCUGUGUUAGCGGCUCUCUUAGCCUUUGCGAUCAUCAGUACUGUACUUGACCUAACACUCUCAGCUCAUGUCAAGAAAGGUUGUGGUUGGGCUUUGUCGUGGUCAUUGCGUCAAUCGUGGCAAUCCCUAGUAACACCUGCCCCAGCGACCAGGGAACUGGACCUUCGCUCCUUUGACGGUCUAAGGGUCUUCUGUAUGCUAUGCGUCAUCAUUGAACACGUUUGUUGGCUCGGCACUAUUUCUUACAUUGAAAAUACGAGGAUAUUUGAACAGUUGCGUCAUGAGGGUGAUGUGAUCCUGAUGACAAACAGCACACUGGUAGUGCAGAUAUUCUUCUUGAUGGCUAGCUUCCUUCUCGCCCACAAAAUAUUGGAGCAAAAGAACCACCUACCACCAUUCAGCACAUUUUUCGAUACUAUGAUUAACAGGAUAAUUAGGGUGAGUCCCAGCUAUUUCAUGGUUUUAUGGUUCGCAUCGUCGUGGUGGUGGCGUCUGGGACAGGGCCCAAUGUGGACGCCACUUGUCACCGCUGAAGCUGACAUCUGUCGCAGGAAAUGGUGGACUCACCUUCUAUACCUCAACAACGUUCUCAUCAGGGAUGAUAAGUGCCUUAUACAGACCUGGUAUCUGGCAGCCGACAUGCAGUUGUAUGCUCUGUCACUGGCAUUGACACUACUAUUACGAGGUCGACGUUGUGCUGUUCGAUUGCUGAUUGUACUUUUCGGUGUCGUCUCUGCAACGUUGACGGUACUAGCAUAUAUGUGGAAACUCGUGCCCACCUUCGUCCUACAUAAUCCAGAGUCUGUUCGUCUGCAGUACAGCGGAGAAGCAUCUUUCAACUGGUUGUAUCAGUCUCCUUUGGGUAAUGCGCCAGGAGCGCUAGCCGGCCUGCUGUUGGCACAUGCUCAACGCCGACUGCCACGCUCCGGCCUACUCGAACACCAGUUAUUUAGAUGGGUGUCGGUGGCGGGGGCACCGGCUGCUCUGUGCUGGGCGGCGCUUUCUCCAAUGGCUUUAGGAGCUGGUCCGCCUAAUAGACUCGUAGCGGCGUUGCUGGCAGCUUUGGAGCGACCAAUCUUUCUACUCUGCGUCACUUUAGCACUCCUCGGAGCCAUACACGGAAUCAAGUCUCCAUGGCGAACGUGGCUGUCUCACUCCUCGGCUGCGUUAGCUCGUCUGUCUUUCGGAGCGCUGCUACUACACAUGCCGCUUAACAAAGCUCUGUUGGGCUCACGGCUCACGCCCACACAACUCGACAGACAGUAUGCGAUAUAUGGGUGGUUUGGUGUGGCGGUGGUGUCUUAUGCAGCUGCAUUACCUCUAGCUCUGCUGGUAGAGCUGCCAGUGCAACGACUCUACAAAGAAUUGACCCUCAUAUUCCGGAAGAAGCCACCGAGUACACACAAUAACAAAAUACCAUCCUUAGAUAAGACAGAGUUUUGUUCUACAGAACAUUGCAGUAAAUAAGUGGUAGUGGUAAGAUCUAUAACAAUAUUUAAGCAAAAAUGAAAGCUAAAAUGUUAUUGAGGAAUAAUAUAGCUAAGCUUGUAAUAUUGCAAUAGAUUUAUUAUUGUAAUACCCUAAUAUUGAAUAGAUUUGGAAAUAUAUUUCAUUGUCCAUCAAUGUAUUUAUUAUUAAGAUUAAUCUAGACUAUUUGCAUUUGCAAAAAUGCUGUGUGGUGAGGACAAGGUUGGCGGAAAUAAAAAAAUAAAUACUUA